CACAACCGACGUGGAAAAGCUAGCGCAAAACUCAACGUCAAAAUAAAUCGGAGCUGUCUCUCAAAGACUCAGACCAACGAGAAUCUCUUUUUUCUCUCUCUCUCUCUCUCUCUCUGCCCCUCUUCUCCGCGCCCGAGGACUUCCUCCUCGGAAUCUGUCGUCCUUUUUGUUUCUGCUCCUCUACAAUACAGCGCCCACAUCUAUCUUCCACGCUGCAAUACAGCGCCCAUAUUAGAAUUCUUGCCAUCAUAAUCAUCAUCAUCCUUGUAAUAGCUUUGGCUUUCCUUUGAGAGAUCCUCUGAAACCUCAGGACUCUUGGCUUUUUGUGCGAGCCUGAGGAACUCGUAGAAGGCUCUGCUUUUUAUGUGGAAAAAGCUGCUUCCGAAUUAAAAAAUGAGAAGAAGUGUUCCAUCUGCACGCAAACUUCUAUCGGCUUUUCAAUACCAUGAAAACAAUUGCUCUGUUAAUUUGGUGAAAAUGCAAGAGACCCUUUUGGUAGAUGCCAAUUGCACCAGUUCUGUUUGUAAACCUAUCAAUACUGUUGAUACUUAUAGAUACCUAUGCCACAACCUUCUCAUCUCAAGAGCUCUGUCGACAGAAGCUGCUAAACUUUUUAAAGGAGAUGUGAACAGAGCAGGGCCACUUGUAGAGUAUGACAGAAGAAUUGUUGCUGGUGAGCUUGUAGAUGGUGAUACCUGCCAGGUAGGCACCUUAAGGGAGCUUCAAAGACUUUAUGAUGAGCUUGUUGAGUCAGCUGAUGCCUGUAAGUUGGAUCGCUAUUCUUCUUCUGACAAAUCUGGAAGGAGUAGAUGGUUGUGGUCUCGUUUCAUGCCACAAUCUUCACAUUCACCAGUAAAAGGACUAUAUCUUUAUGGAGGAGUGGGAACUGGGAAGACUAUGUUGAUGGACUUAUUCUUUGAUCAAUUGCCCUGCAAUUGGAGGAAAAAGAGGAUCCAUUUUCAUGACUUCAUGUUGAAUGUCCAUAGCCGAUUGCAGAAGCACAAGGGUGUGGCUGAUCCUCUUGAAGUUGUUGCGGGAGAAAUAUCUGAUGAGGCAAUAUUAUUGUGUCUAGAUGAAUUCAUGGUGAAUGAUGUUGCUGAUGCAUUAAUAUUGAAUCGUUUAUUCAGACAUCUAUUCAACAAUGGUGUUAUUCUUGUGGCUACCUCAAAUCGUGCUCCAGAUAAUCUGUAUGAAGGUGGAUUGCAGAGAGAUCUUUUUCUGCCCUUUAUUGCAACUUUGAAGGAAAGAUGUGUGGUUCAUGAAAUUGGUUCAUUGGUAGACUAUAGGAAAAUGACUUCGGCUGAACAAGGUUUCUACUUUGUUGGUAAAGAUUUAUCAGGCAUUCUCAAGCAAAAGUUUCAAGAAUUGAUUGGGGAUGAAACAGCUGGUCCCCAAGAGGUGGAAGUAGUAAUGGGAAGGACAUUGCAGGUUCCACUGUGUGCUAAUGGGUGUGCAUAUUUUUCCUUUGAGGAAUUGUGUGAUAAACCUCUUGGAGCUGCCGACUAUUUUGGCUUAUUCAGUGAGUGUCCAAAGAACUUCCAUAGCCUGGCACUGGAAGGUGUCCCAAUCUUUGGACUUCACAAUCGGACAGCUGCCUAUCGGUUUGUCACUUUAGUUGAUGUGAUGUAUGAGAACAGGGCCAGGCUAUUGUGUACAGCAGAGGGUAGUCCUCUAGAACUUUUUAGAAGGGUAGUUACAGUGUCUGAUGCCCAGCAUAUAGCACCUAGAACCUCAACGAGAUCAAGGAGAAAUGAUGAUUUGGAUCUCUGUGUAGACAAUGAACUGGGAUUUGCAAAAGAUCGUACCAUUAGCAGAUUGACAGAGAUGAACAGCAAAGAAUAUUUAGAGCACCACGCUGCUAUGCUAGUUGAGAAGCAACUCUCUACAGGAAGAUAAUGCAAAUGCUGUGCCAGUAUGAGACAGAAGAGAUCCAAUAUCAUGGGAAAUUCUAGAAUAUUCCAAUAAACUGCUGUCAUUGGUUAUCCCAUUUUUUGUGUCAGGUAACCUGAUCACAGCUUUCGUGCCAAAUUGGGAUAUGUAUUUCUUUAUAAUCUUCAGUUAGUUAAUAAAAAAUUAACUUAUCAUCUGUACAAUAAAAUUCUAGCAGUAAGUUCAAGGAAAAUUACAUGCUGUCAGUCUUCCUUUUCAUUAGUAAUACUAUUUCAAUGUAAUCUUUUUAGCUGCUAUUUUAUCAGUAAUACCUAUUGUAACAAUGGCUAAAGGUUCAAUUUUGCCCCUGUACUUGGUUCAAUCGAGCACUUCUAAUUUUUCAUCCAAA